AGCUAACGGGACCCGGAGAGCGGACCGGAGGACGCUCAGUCACAGCCUCUCUCCUCGUCUUCUUUGGCCAAAACACGCACUUCUCGCGCUGAGGAAACUACGGCAUGCGUAGACCUGUUCUCGCGUCUUGCUAUGGACUCCUUUUGUUCCAGCGACAAACACGAGCAGUAGAGCGGCAGCAGCAGUAAAUCGGGAGCCGUCCGGUGGAAAUACUAUCUGAUAACUCCAUUUUCUCCGCCGCUCGCCGGCGAACAUCCGAGCUCGAGCCCCUCGCUGAGCCUCGCCGUCGCCGUCGCGCGGAGCUGGAGGCCGACGGCGCGCGGUAGUGCGUCCGCGUCGUACCUGUACUUUUUUUUUUUUUUUUUUUUUUUUUUGGGACUGUUGCAGCCUACCUGUUUACCUGCCCGCGCUUCAAGUCGUGAACUUUCCAGCCAUUACACUUAAAAGAGACAAACGAGGGACGAUGGUGAAUCCCGGAGGCAGCAGCCAGCCACCACCGGUGGGCACAGGUUCUCUGUCCUGGAAGCGGUGUGCAGGCUGCGGGGGCAAAAUCGCAGACCGCUUCCUCCUUUACACCAUGGACAGCUACUGGCACAGCCGAUGCCUCAAGUGCUCCUGCUGCCAGGCCCAGCUGGGCGAAAUCGGCACGUCGUGCUACACAAAAAGCGGCAUGAUCCUCUGUAGAAACGACUAUAUCAGAUUAUUUGGAAACAGUGGAGCUUGCAGCGCUUGCGGUCAGUCCAUUCCAGCCAGUGAACUGGUGAUGAGGGCACAGGGCAACGUGUACCAUCUCAAGUGUUUCACAUGUUCCACCUGCCGGAACCGGCUCGUCCCCGGGGAUCGGUUCCACUACAUCAACGGCAGCCUGUUCUGCGAACACGACAGACCCACGGCGCUCAUCAACGGCCAUUUGAGUUCACUGCAGACGAACCCACUACUGCCCGAUCAGAAGGUGUGUUAGGCAGGAGGAAGCGCAGGAAGCAGGAUGUGUGCCUUCAUUUUAGCCCUUACUCAUCGUCACCCGAGGCAGCGUGGAUCAGCAGCACCCCGGCCUUCCAGCCGUGCUCCCAGGCCCUUCGCCCUAAAGGAACCCUCGACCCAUCUCACCAGUUACCUGACUUUUUAUUUCUGCAGCCCAUGCCCGACGCUCAGCCUUCAACCUUGGCUUUUCCCCAGAUAUGGGUGGAUACUUGCACUUAAUGCACCUGAAUCGGGACGCUGAGGACUCCGUGACCUUGGAAUUUAAAAAACAACAAAAAUAAAAUAAAAAAAAAAAGAGGAGACCGAUCAGAAUCCAAGGGGACUCUUCAGGAGGAGAAAAUUAAACGACACACAAGAGGAUGUUGUGACUGAAGUGAGGGAACGAGGACUAAUGAGGUUAAAGAGAUGCAGACUUUUCAACUCUGCGCAUUUGUUUAAAGACUUUUUGGGGGGGAAAACCGGGACCUUUUCAUUUUUCCUCUCUUCCUUUUCUAUCCUCAUUUCCCAACAACAUGGUGUUUCCACUUUAUAUAUUUUAAGUGUUGUCAAAGGGGAAUGUGUUUUUUUUCUUUGGUGGUACAGUACAUAUAUAUAUAUAUACUUAUAUAUAUAUGUAUAUGUAUAUAUAUAUAUAAAAGGGGUUUUAAAAAAUACUGUGGCUUUUUGUGGAAAACAAAUCAUGAACACUCUCUUGGUGUAUUUGUAAAACUACCAUGUAUGUACAGUAUGCAUGUAAAUGUCGUUGUCCAGGCGUGGCUACAGUACAUCUGACCCUCCGCACUCGGCUCCACUCCGCCCCCCUCCCCCUCGAAACCCCAACCCACGGAAAAACUGAAGAAAACUUGCUCAUAGUCGGUAACGUAGAGAUCAUCACCAACAUAUAAAUGCUGAAUGAAAGAGAAAUUUAUUUGUGAUAUUUUCCGAGACACUUGCUCCAGUAUGGUGUAUUUAAUUAAUAAAAAUAUGGAAGAUUUAAAAGCCUCCUUAAAUUCAUUGUAAAGCUUGGGUCGUUAUUAGCAAUGCACACACUCAGCAUUGUGCUAACGU